CCACCCUUCUCCCGGGUAGGGAAACUGGUCGCGGAGCCGGAAGCGAAGUAGCCUUUGAGUUCGAGACAGCGGCGGCGUUUAAGGCAGAAAGACCUGUUGCCAGUGGAGCUGGCCAGCUUCUCCAUUCAGGCUCCAGCCCGAGUUGGAGAAAACCCCGGGAUUCCGGUGGCCCAUGGGAGGGCGCAGUCUCGGAUCGCGAACUAUCCGGCGCAGACCGAAAUAGCCGAGCCUGUGAGGGCCACCGGAAACCGCGCCCCUAGGAGGAGGCGGGAAGCCUUGCCAGAGGUAGGAACACAAAGGUACGGCUCCUGGGGUGGGGCCCGCCGGCCAUGGCCACGCCCCCUGGGGCAGGUCCCGCCGCUCUUCGCUUCGUAGCCGCUGCCUGCUGGCAAGUCGUGCGCGGACGCUGCGUGGAGCAUUUUCCGCGAGUAUUGGAGUUUCUGCGAUCCCUGCGCGCUGCUGCCCCCGGCUUGGUUCGGUACCGGCACCAUGAACGCCUGUGUAUGGGCCUAAAGGCCAAGCUGGUGGUGGAUAUGAUCCUGCAGGGCCGGCCUUGGGCCCAGGUUCUGAAUGCCCUGCAUCGCCACUUCCCAGAGUCUGGACCUGCAGUGCGGGACCCCAAAGCCACAAAGCAAGAUCUGAGGAAGAUCUCAGAGGCUCAGGAAACCUUUUGCCAGCAGGUGAAGCAGCUGGCAGAAGCCUCUGUUGAUUUGGCUUCGAAGCUACAGGAACUUGAACAAGAGUACGGGGAACUUUUUCUGGCUGCCAUGGAAAAGCUGUUUUUUGAAUACCUGUGUCAGCUGGAAAAAGCACUGCCUACACUGCAGGCACAGCAGCUUCAGGAUGUGCUGACUUGGAUGCAGCCGGGAGUUUCCAUCACUUCUUCUUUUGUCUUGAGCCAAUAUGGUGUGGACAUGGGGUGGCCACUUCCAGAGUGCUUUGCUACUGAUUCAGUGAACACUACAGAACCCAUGGAGCAGAGUCCUCCUCAGCAACCAACACCAGCACUCCACGACCCUCUGCCAAAAGCCCGGCCUGGCCCACACCCUCCUCAGGAUCCAGCCUCAAAGAAGCACCCAGAACCUUUGACUGGCCACCAUUUCAAUCUGGCCCCUCUAGGCCGGCGAAGAAUCCAGUCCCGGUGGGCAUCCUCUAGCAGAGGCCAUAAGGAGCGCCCCACAGUCAUGCUGUUCCCCUUUAGGAAUCUGGGUUCACCAACGCAGGUCAUAUCUAAGCCUGGGAACAGCGAAGAACAUGGGACACACACAGCAGAUCCAGCAGGUGCUGUGGGCACCAGAGCAGCCUCGACUGGCAAGUCUAGGAGUCCGUCCAAGACCCUGGGAGGAAGGGCUCUGAAGGAGAACCCAAAUGACUUGUCUGCCUCAGAGCAAAAGGAGAACUGCUUGGAUUGCCCCAUGGAACCCCUGAGAUUGUCAUUAUCGCCUCCUAGGGCCAGGAAGUCAGUGCGUCCUCCAUCUCUGUGCAGCUCUGACAUUACUCUAGGGGACCUGGUUUUGGACUCCGACGAGGAAGAAAAUGGCCAGAGGGAAGGAAGGCUGGCCCACAACCCAGUGCACAGGCCUACUCUGCCCUGGCUUCUGUUCCUCAGUGGACUUUACAAGAAUUUAAAAUAGAGCCUCUGGAGACGCUCUGCCUGGCUUCUGCUCUCUCCUUUUUGCUGCUUUCGCCAUCUCCUGGUCACCUCUUUUUACUCUGCCCAGCCGAACAAGACUCACUUCAAGUGUCCCAAGAGCAAAGCUCUCCAACUUCAGUGUGAACAAGGAUCACCUAGGAAGCUGGGAAAAUGCAGAUCUGUAGCCCCACUCCCCAGAGCCAGAUGCCAUGGGUCCAGGGUGGGGCUCGGCAUCUGCACUGUCCCGCAGUCCAGGGGAUGAUGCAGAUGGCCCUGGCCCACAUUAGGAGAGUCCACAUCAGAGUCCCAGGAUUUCCCCUGCUGGUUUGCCCCAGAUGACACCACAGGCUUCUGGGUCACUAGUCAUAUUAUAAAAGAAUCUGAACAGCUUUCUUAGACUUCCCUAGCCUGAUCCUAGACCCUCAGAGGUGACU